GUCGUUCAUUUGCAACUAGCCCUCCAAAAAAAAAAAGUCGUGCAUUUGCAACUGCUCCUCAUCCUCUCAGCCUCGACGGACCCUCAUCCUCUCGCCAUGGCUCCGCCUCCGCCUCCGGCUACGGACGAACGAACCGUGUCUGCCGGAGACACGCACGAAGCCGGCACAUGUGUGGUGGUGCUCGCCGUCGGUCCGUCUCUUGGUGCGACCAAGUGCUUGCAUGUUUACAGGAGUAGGUAUGAUAUGGAUCGAGCCGAGGAUUCACCACACAACCUUCGGUUUCCCAGUUUCUCUGCUCUGGUUUGCCGAUGGAUGGAGACGAGCUUCUUUCUUCUGGCCGGUAGAUCUGGUUAUGAUCCACAAAUUCGGUUUUCGAUCUGCUACCGUACGUAUAAUAAUAUAUGUCUUCCCUCCAUCUCGUGCAUGGAAGUAUGUUUGUGUUGGAGACGGCCGGUGAUGGACACGGAUCUCAUCACACGAUUCACAGUCUAGGCUUUCGAGAUGCAAGCGAUUUUUUUUCCGACAAAGGGUUAGGCGAAUACGACGAUCCCCUAAGUUUCCGAUCCUUUUCACUCGAAACUCUCUCGCCGGCCGGCAUCAACAGGCGCAAUACAAGGUGGAUCUACCAGUUGGAGAAUGGUGUUGCCCUGCCCCCGCCGGUUACCGGGCAGAGCUUUCGGCCGUCGGCCAAUGUUUCUGCCCAACAGUUGGUGUCCAACACCGGCGGAGAGAAAACGACCUUGGACAAGAACUAAAGCUAUCAAGAUCCUAAUGGUGUGGCGACGCGUGACGCCCUGCCGGUUACGGUACAUGAGCUUUCUUUACAUCGCACCAGCCAACGUAGCACUUGGUGUCGACCACCAGCGGAGGAAAAACGCAACUCAAGCCAUCGACGUUUUCUUUAGUUCCAUCACCACACAACCACCAUGGAGGGGCAGCAGCAGGGGCAACAGCAGGGCCAGCAGCAGGGCCAACAGGAAGGCCAGCAGCUGGAGGGGCAACAGGAGGGCCAGCAGCAGGAGUGGCGCCAACAAUGGGAAGAGUGGUGGUUGCUGUGGCAGGGGCAUUGGCAAGUGCAGUGGCUGGAGUGGCAGAGUCAAUGGCAAGAGUGGUGGCAGCAGUUGCAGCUGCCGCUGCAGCAGCAGUGGGAGAACUGGCUGUUGCACUGGCAUCAACACUUUGAGCAGUGGCAGAACCUGUGGUACGAGCAAUGGCAGCAAUGGGAGCAGCGGUGCCAGGCGCAACAACAUCAACAAUGGUGGGAGUGGCCGCAGGACCAGUGGCAACAACAAUUGCAGCACGAAUGGCAACAGUGGCAGCAGCAUGGGGAAUGGCAGUGGCGGCUGUGGCUACAACAGGUUCAGUGGCAGCAGCAGGAGGUGCAGGGGCAGGGGCAGCAGCAACAGGUGCAGGGGCAGCAGCAACAGGGGCAGGGGCAGGAGCCGUGGGAGCUACGUCUGCAGUUUCAACAAUGGCAGCCUCAUUGGCGGCAGCAGUGGCACAUGUGGCAUCAAGACUGGCAGCAGCAGUGGCGUCAAUGGCAACAGGGCCAACAGCAAAGGCGGGAGCAGCGACAAUGGCAGUGGCGGCAGUGGCAGAAGGAUGAGCGGUGGCAGGAGCAGGAGCGGUGGCUGCGCCACCGGCUAACCAUCAAUAUGCAUUUGAUACCUGUGUCCUAUGCUUUGAGUUUCAAGCCACUCACCACUUCUCUUGUAUUCGAAGACAAAGAGGGCGCUAAAAUCCCUAUGCUCGAGAAUACAACCUUCGGCAAUUUAGUUGCCGACGGCUUUGUUAAUGAGAUAAUUGCGGCACAUCGUCGGAACCUGAGCUGGGCUGGUGAUUUCUGCGAGGAUGAUUUAUUUGUAUCUGAGGGCGAGCAUUUUGUUACCAUUGCUAAAGAACCAACGAAGUCAGCAACAGAUGAUAACCAGUUUCUGGAUUUAAUUCAGAUAACAAAUUGGUUUGCUGAUAAGUAUACUGAGAAUCAAAUGGUGCCGUCUUAUUUUGAAGAGUUUGUUGACAGAGUAUAUAAAAUACCAAGUUGGCAAAAUCAAUGUGAUUGAUCAGCAAGCUUAUGGGUGCUUAGUAACCACCCUUUCUUUAUGGGAGAAGAAAAAUGGAGGUUAUUUGUAGAGGAAUACUAUAAAUGGUACACUCAAGUUAAUGUGGUAUCGCGGGAUGAGAUUCUUAAGAAAGCUAAUUGUGAUAUAUGUCUGAAUUGGCAUUUGGCUACAGUGCGCGAUAACAGUCUUCUGCAAAUGGUGUACUGGAAUGGAAGAGAGAACUUGUGUCCAUCAUCUUACUUUACUAAAGGCUGCAAAGUUCCUCGGCGGACGGCUAGCGAUGCUGAAAUAUUCCGGUUCACCCAAGAAGAUGGGUAUUUAGCAGUUUUCCAGCGGACGUUUUAUGUUCACGGGCUACAUAUUCUUGGGGCUCGUUGGUCAUUGAGAGAACUGGCACUUUAUAUUGCGUAUAUUUUCAAACAUUUUCUGCCACGUUUUAUUGAAAGGAUUUACGCCAACUCUCAUGAACAUCAUCUCUUUGCUGAGAUCCUUGAUACAUAUGUAAAGCGGAGGUCUGCUUCCCGGAGGCAUAUUCGAGGAAAACUGUACGAAGUGACAGCCUAAUUUGAGCUAAUGAUAUCCAAGCACCAAAAGACUAGUAUGGUAGCAGCGAUGAUGCUAAGGAUGAAUGGAGACUUACUGCUGUUUACUGAAAAAGGCUUUCACCCCGCUUUAUAUAUAAAGCAACGAUCAUCGACUUGCUGCUGUUUGAACAAUGCUUCCAGUCUCAGUUGGACGCUCAUUGCUGUUUGCCAUCCGUCAGCUGCCGGUAUCAGGUGGACUGAAGUUCGACGGUAAAUGACAGUUCAAAGAUGAUGGCUGGACUUCCUUUUCGCAAUAGAGGAUCGUGAUAUGGUGGUUGAGCCUAUGUCAGCCACUGGUUCCACUCAGCCGAGAAGGCCAGGCAUAAGGUCUUCACCUUCAGCAUCCAGUAAGAGUGUUACGGCUUGCAAUUUAGGUUCUAGUUCCAGAUCAGCUGCCCUGCCACCACUAGCACCACAAGCAGACAGGGCUGCAAACCCUUAACGGUUCGAUGCACGGACUAUACAUUUCUCCGUAAAUGCCUGUGUACUGGUUGUUGCUGGACUCUGGGGACGCUUCCAAUCUUGUCAAAACAUCUUGCAGACAGAGCUUGCAAGCUUUUGUUGCUGGGAACAGUCCUCUCGUCAGGAUAUAUUCUUCAUACAGUACUUACUAUGGGGUGCCAGCGCAACAUCAUUCCGACAUUCAGACAUUACGGCUUCCUCCCACACAUCAAACACUGUCUCUGCCAAUGUAACCAUGCGUGCGUCCCUUGCUUCCUGGAGUAUUACUGCUGUCUACGGGCCUCAGUCCGAUGCGGAUAAAUUUGCCUCCAUCCAAGAGAUCAAACAACUAAAGGCCUCCAUGCUGCCUUCUUUGGCUGCUGCUGGGGGACUUCAAUCUCAUGUAAAGCUGAGGACUAAAGCAAUGCUAGUAUCAACAGGAGCUGCUUAACAAUUUCUGGGCAGUUCUCAGCGCAAUUGAGGUCUCUGAACUCCACACGGUCGACGGUUUACUUGGGUCAGCACCUGUCAGUCGCAAACAAGGACGAAGAUUGAUCACGUUUUCUGCCCCGCUGACUGGAAUCUUAUGUUCCCACAAUAUCACUUGAGAGGCAUCUCCUCCUCUGGCUCCGAUCACUCUGCCAUGGUGCUCUCUGGCCCAUUGCUGCAUGGUGAUGCCAUGUGGAUGCUCCACCAGAAACUUGUUCGUCUGGGCAAAGCUUUGUGGGUAUGGAGCAGAACAAAGGUGGGCAACAUUGCUCUGUUGACUGCGGUGUCCGAGCAGCUUAUCCUGGGCCUGGACUAUGCCCAAGAUCACUGUGACCUCACUAUUGCAGAAUUAAGUCUGAGGAUCUUCCUUCAGAACAAGUUGUUGGACCUUGCUGCAAUUCACAGGGUCAGGAUCAGGCAGUGUUCUCGGCUGCUAUGGGUGCGCCCUGGAGAGGUCAACGCAAAACUUUUCCACAUCAAGGCCAAUGGUCGCCGAUGACGUAAUUUCAUAAUCGCCCAAGGUCAUUUCACUUUGCAGAAAGACAAGCAAGCUGAGCUUCUUCGACAACUGCAAGAGAUAUGGAUGUCACAAGGCAAAUUCUAUGUGCUUUUGGUGAUGCUAGUGGUCUUCGGGUCAAUCAGGCCAAGAGUGGAAUCCUAUCAUAUCCUCUAUCUUGUCAUCCCCACUAUUUAUUUAUCUUAGCAUUCAUAAUGACAUGCCAUCAUUUUAUUCCUUUAAUUUUUAAGCGAUUCUUUUGUUGUCCGAUUCAA